UGCCGCAACUGAUUGUUUUUGUAAACUCGGCGACAGCAUAUUCAUUCUGCGAAAUUCUUCAACAAUUGCAAAUUUUCUUCUUAAAAAGUGUUAAAAAUAUUAUCAAAAGAGUUUUUAAAUGGAUUUAGAUGAUUUGGAUAUCUAUAAUGAUUUGGACACAUUCCAACAAGAGGAGGAAAAAAAAAGCGCCGAGCUACUUUCAUUGGAAUCGAAGUAUAAUGACUCCUUGAAGACAAAUGAAGCUUUGCAGGCUGAAAAUGCUGACUUGAAAAAACAAAUAAAGCGAAUAGGUAUAAAUUUUCAGAAUUUGCUCGACACAGCAAAAGCAGAGAUCAGGCGCAAAGAUAAACAAAUCGAUCAACUGCGCAAAGAGAAGGAUGAUAUCUGCUUCCGACGUAGGCAACCGCACCACGGGGAUGCCGAGAUUGCUAGUGUAAAUGAUGGAAUUAAAAAAGGUACAAUAGAAUUUCCACCACAACACUAUAAAGCGGAAUAUAAGCGCAAAGAAGAAAAUGGAGCAGUUCAAGAGCACGUUAGGUCAGAAAAUAACGAGCACGUCUCUUCGUCGAACUAUCACACAGCGGAAGCGCGUGGCCAAGUACGCAUGCGUGAGGUUUAUCAGAAAUAUGCGCGGCGGGGUGAAAGACUUGAUCGAAAGCAGGAAAGCGAUUUAAGUCGUGAUCAAGAUAGGCGAUAUCACACGAAAGGAGAUCACCAUGAGUCGACCAGGCACAGGGCGCGUAGUAGAGAGCGUCAAAACAGUCAUCGCAACUCGACAAGAGAAUACAGUCGAGGCCAUGAUGUCAGAGCAACAGAACGGCUACGUAGGGAAGGGCGCGACGGUAAACAGAAGCAAAGUAAUUCAAAGGAAAAAGAAAUGGAAUCGCAUAGUAGUAAGAGUGAUGACAACGGAAGGCGUCUGCAUUCUAAUGGUAAAUGGAGCGAUCGGCCAAGGCACGACCGGGAAUACAAAUCAAGAUUGAACAAUACUGAGAACAGUCGUGGGAGAAAAAAGGCAAUUGAAGAUGCGAAUAAAAAAAUGCAUUCGACCGAUCAUAGAGCUUGUGAUAAAGUAAACAAUUUGGAAAGAAACCAAAAUACAGAUCUUGUUAAAAGCUCGGUUAACAGUAAAACUCUUAAAGAUAUUCAUGAAGUACCUGUUAAAGACGUUGCUGCGAGAAAGGAAAAUGCAAAAGAUGUUGAACUAGUGCCGACAAAGAUCAUCGAAAAUGAUGGUAGUUCCAAAAAGUCAAAAGAUAUAGAAGCUUCAACUAAAAAAGCCACUUUAUGUAUGAAUAUGCCUUCAUCAAAAGCCGAAAAAUCUAUAGCACAAAACCCUCUAACAAAGGAAAAAUUGUUGGCUCUGGAAAAGGAAGCGCAUAAAACGCCAGCUGUUGGAAUGACAACGCCAAAGAAGGCCGCACUAUUUGACAGGCUCUUCGGUAGAACACCCAAUAAUACGGAAAGUGUGAACAGUGCUCUACUGAGUAAUGUGAUAGGAUUGAUAAAGAGCAGUAGCUCGAUAUCAACCUCACCAAGCAAUUAUACCGAUACCAGUGAGCAAAUCGCCCCAGCUCCGAAAACAAAGUUGCAAAAUUCAAAUUUUGAUGAAUGCUUUAUACCUAUUAAGCGGGAUGAGAGCAAGCCAUCUUUAGGGGGUGAUAGUGUGGCAUCAAUAAGUGACAAUAGUGAAUUGAACGAUGUGUACAUUCCUGGUUUAGGUACAACACCGGUAAAAAUUGACUUAGCUGUGGAACAAGAAACGGAAAAGAAACCAGCUAACAAAGGUAAUGAGAAAACUUAUACGUCUGAGGGGAUGACUGCAUGCGUGAGUAAUGCCGCGGACACAUUAAAAUACAAACAAGUAGUAAUUGAGUUGUCCUCCGAAGAGGACGAUUUUAUUGAAAUUGAAAACGUAGCGCAGACCAACGAUACGACAAAUGUUAAUAAAGUGAUUCCCGAUAAAGUGGUUUUCCAAGGGUUGACAGCAGUUCAACCAAAUGUUAAUGGGCAUAUACAAAUUUUGGAAAAUGUGCGACUACCUAACAUAUACGAAGUACGAGCGCAACAGAGGCGACUCAGGGAAGAGGCAGCUAAAAAAGUCAGCAGUAUGGAAACUACAAUUGUGAAACAAUCCACUCCAGGGUCAACACCGAAGUCUACUACAACUGGUAUUGAAGAGAAGAGAGCAAGCACUAAUGAGGCAGCCGUAUCUUUCAAAAACACGGCGAUACAUGUUGGAGGUGCUGAUUUUCAACACCAAGACGCAAACUUUGCUAAAAACACAAACUUUUCGGAAACCCAACUGUUGGAGAAAAUUUUUACGGGUAAAAGCGUAGGUGCUAUUUGUGAUAAAGUUAGGGAGGAUAUGCGCGAUAGUAAAAUUAAUUACGUAAAUUGCAUGGAAGAGAAAAACGUACAAGCCAACUUAGAGCAAUUGGAACCUGAAUCUGAAAUGUUAACUGAGACAUCUUCAAACGAUUCCACUAUAAAGUCCGCUCCUAGAACAUUAGAACAAAAGGAUUCAAUUUGCGAUACUCCGGCAGAUAUUCUUUCAAUUACGAACAAAUCGGAUGGUGUUAUUUGCGAUAGAGUUAUGGAGGAUAUGCGCGAUAGUACAAUGAAUAACGUAAAUUGCAUGGAAGAGAAAAACGUACAAGAAAAGUAUGUUGAUCAAAUUAUAAGUUCCGAGAAUUCAGUCCUGUCAGAGGUGAAACCAUUGGAUACAAGUAAAACUAAAGGCAGCUCAGAGCACUUGAAGCCUAAAUCUGAAAAGGUAACUGAGAAAUCUUCAAACGAUACCAGUAUAAAGGCCGCUCCUAGCGAAUUAGAACAAAAGGACUCAAUUUGCGUUACUCCGGCAGAUAUUCUUCAAAUUACAAACAAAACGGAGGGUGUUAUUUGCGAUAAAGUUAGGGAGGAUAUGGGCGAUAGUAAAAUGAAUGACGUAAAUUGCAUGGAAGAGAAAAACGUUCAAGAAAAUUCUGCUGAUAAAACUAAAAGCUUCCCGAAUGUAGUCCCGUCAGAGGUGAAACUAUUGGAUAUAAAUAAAAUUAAAGCCAGUUUAGAGCACUUGGAACCUGAAUCUGGGAACGAGAAACUUUCAAACGAUACCAGUAUAAUAGAACAAAAUGACUCAAUUUGCAACACUUUGGCUGAUAAUCUUCCAAUUGCAAACAAGGCCGAUAGUCAAGGAACAAAUAAAAUAGAAUCGGAUGAAGUUGAAGAGCAGCCUGAUUGCCAUAGCACAUCCAAGAAAUGUACGAUCUCAAAUAAAACCAACGAUUCAGAGCAAGGGGAGACAAGACGUCAAAGUAAAGGUGAGAUACAAGUCAUAAAAGCAAAAGACACAAUACUCGAAUUUGACGAUUUGCAUCUGGACUCGGCUGCCGUACAAGAAAAUUCCGCAAUAUUUGAAAAUAAUACAAGAUCUUCCGAAAUUGGUGUAGUUAAAGAAAAAAAAGCAGGCAAAGUUGAAGCUAAAAAAUCGGCUGUUCAAACAAAAUGCACUAAACCGACGGAAAACUUAAAAGAAGUUGGAAAAACUGAUGAAAGCGCUAUUGAGCUUUCUAAGAGCAGCAAUUGUAAAAGAGCGAGUUUGUCACAGUGUGAAGGCUUAGUCUACGCUAAUAUAUCGGAAGUAACUAGUGGUAUAGAAGCAAAUUCUAUGGCUCCAGCUGAAGCUGCUAUUGAAUUGGAUAACGCCUCAGAUAGUUUCUUUGCUAAGGGGUCAUUACAAAAAUCGUUGAAUGAAGGUACGUCAAUUGAGCAGAGAAAAAGAAAUGAGCACAAAAUUGUGAAUGAGAAAGAAAUAACUAACCCAGAGCAGGAAUCACUUCAUGAGCAGAAAAGGGGUCAUAAGGAGAAAGCUAUUCAUGAGCAGAAUGUUUCGCAUGAGCAGAAAUAUGUUUAUGAGCAAGAAAUACUUAAUGAGCUGAAAGUCGUUGAGGAGCAGACAGUUCUUCAUGAUCAGAAAAUGUUUCAUGAGCAGCAAACUGUUCAAGAGCCAAAAGCCCUACAUGAGCAGAAAAAGGAUCAAGAGGAGAAAGCUGUUCAUGAGCAUAAUGUUUCGCAUGGCCAAAAAGAUGCUCAUCAGCAAGAAAUACUUAAUGAGCAGGAAGCGGUGAGGGAGCAGAACGUUCAUGAUCAUAAAGACCUUCCGGCGCAAAAAAAAGUUCAAGAGCAUAACAUUUGGCAUAAGCAGAAUCAGAUAGAUCGUCAGGAAAUACUGCUGGAACAGAAAGUUGUCCCCAAGCAGAAUAUUAAUGAAGAGCAGAAAGAUUUGAAUAUCAAGAAAUUGGGCGAUACAGGAAUCGAUGAUAUGCAAAAGACGACUGAAGAACAACGUUCCAAAGUGAUUGAAGACGAAAAUUACACAAAUAGCAUAACUGAAGGUGCGAAUUCGAACACAAUUCGCACAGAGAAUGGAGUCAGCUCAAUUACGCAGCUGACUAUUGAAGAAAACGUCUCAAAGCUAACAACAACAAUCGAUCACUCCGGCGAAAUUUCAAAUGAUAAUACGAAUCUCGGUCUGGUGGCUGAACUCGUUGCAAAUGAGAAACCCUUAGCGGAAAUUAACAAAACAGAUGUUGGCGCUGAGGAAACCGCAGUCAUGGAUGGCUCAAAUUCACAAAAUGAAAUUAAACUAACGAACACGGAGAAUAUUACUGAUGAAAGUGAAGAUAAGGAACUCGAGGAUGCAGUGUCUUAUUUACUUAAGAGCAUGAAUGAGGAAGAGAACCGUUGUAUUGGUAAAACGAAAGCAGAGGUCAGUCCUCAAUGUGAAAAGCCCACAAUAAAAGCCGAACACAAGCCAGUUGGCGUAGAAUUAAAGAAAAAUAAAAGCUUCGAAGCAAUUGAUACAACGAGUGGCGAAGUUUCGAAAACAAAGAUCAAGGAGCUUUCGAAGAGCGUUAAACUGCCUGCCGAACAUUGUGCGCUAAUUGAUAGCGUGAAACGCGCGGAAAUCAUGUGGAAAUUUAAAAUUCCAAAAAUUGGUGCUAAACGGAAAAGGGAAAACUCCGAGGAGGCUAACAGUGUAAACGGGCUGACUGCUGUUAAUGGAGAAGUCUCAAAAAAUAGUGCUACAGAUUGUGCUCAGUUUGGUGACAAAGUAGAGAAGCGUACAAAGCGGAGUAAGAAUUCGAAAAAGGAGGAAAGCCAUGCUAUAAGACAAACGUUAAUUUUGACGGAAGAAGAAACCAAGAUUGUAGAAAUAAACGCUAUUGUUGAGAGGGAGCUGAUAGAUACGCGACUUCUAAAUGGACGAACACCGGAGGAAGCGCAAGCAUUGUCUGCUGAAAAGGCAAAAAGUGAGCGCAUAAUAAAAGAAAUCGAUAAUUGGGCAAGGAGGAAGGUGGGCGAUUCAUCGGAAAUUAUCGAAAGUGUUAUAAUGCUAGACACUGCACCUGCACAGGAAACGACAACAAAGGUGGAUAACGUGGAAUUGCUGCAUUCAAGAGAAAAAGUGGAGGUCAAACACAUCGUAGACGAAUGCAAAUUAGUUGCAAGCUCGAAAAAAGUUCGAAAGAAGACAGAAGAAAUAAAUGCUAAUCGAAGUAAUGCAGCUGAAGGUGAGAGCGGAAAGUUAUUAGCUAAUAAGACUGCAGGAUCGACGGAAGAGUUGGAAAGCGAAUCAAGCCACUUACCAAAUAAGCGUUUUAAAUACGGCGAAACAGCCGAUAAAACACUUACAAAACAAAAGACUGAUGAAUACAAACCUGCAAUGAAUCUUAAAGAGAAAUCGCUAUGCCUUAAGGAAGUUGAAACGUGUGAUGGAGAGAACAAGAGUCAAGAAACAGAAAAUGAACAGACUAGUUGUUCUGAAGAAAAACCUGCUAAAAGCAAUCAAAUGAGCGACGGAAAAGACUUGCGUGCAGUUAGCACGAAAGUUAAACAACAUCGCAAGUGUCAAUUGACUGAGAAACCGCACUCUUCACAAACUAAGAAUGGUUCAACAAAUACUGGAAACGACCCGAGUCUGGCUGGCGGCGAAAAAAAUGUGCCCGUUCAAAAUCAGUUAAAAAUAGAGAUAUCAAGCGAACGGGAAAGAAAAGUCAACGAAAAGGUGAUCGCAGGGCAGAUAAAGCAAACAAAGAAAAGCGAAAAAGAAGUCGAAAAUUGUAACAAAACAGGCCAAACUGCGCAGCCAGAGUCCUCAUCUAAAGUACUACUCUCCAAGAAAGAGGUGGAUGUUACCACACCAACAGAAGUAAGGUCACGCGACAAGCAGACACUGAAUGCGAAAUGUAGUUCUAAAGAAAAGUUAACGGAAGACUACAAAUCGCAAAAAGAAAGGAGUAGAAGUUCUGUCGUUGGGAAGAAAAGAGCAACAGAAGAGCACAAAAAUACGCUCUCGAAGGCAGCAGUGGGUAUCGAAAGUCUAGAGAAACGCGCAAAGUUAGAACUGUGUGUGCAGAAAAAAGAAAAUGCGCACAAAACUCCUGAGAGCUCAAAACAAAAAGAAGUUCCUUGCCAUUCAUCGAAAUCACUUUCUGUUAUUAAUGAUUCAGUCGCAAGUCAUUCCAAAAUAGUUGAAUCAAAUACAUCCCAGCGUGCUGAGAACACACUCGCCAAAAUUCCAAAGCGACGCAGAUCAUAUGCGAGCACAGAUGAUGAGCCCGAAGUAAUGCCCAAAUCACGCAACCGCAAACGCUGCAAAAUGCGCAUCGAAGACAGUGAUGACGAGGUGGAGGAGGAAGCGCGCAGCUCGGAAUUAUCAACGACUGCACAGCCAGCACAAAUGCCAUGCGAAUUUAGCGCGUCUGAUUUGCCACAAAAUAGCGACAUUCUCGAGAUUCUGCAGAAUGAUAAAGCCAACGAGUCGAAUGGCAUACUGCCUGCACCGCAAACUCCAACAUCAUUACCGGCCAAUAUUAGUCAGGAUGAGCAAUAUCGGGAACUUGAUUCACGUUUAGAACAAAUGUUCGCCUCACCCAAAGUGACUGAUAAAACUUCAGCUACAGCUGCGGAGGUGAGACCUAUAACAAAAUUGGCGACUAACAUUGCAGCUAUAACGCAAGUGUCGCAGCCCCUGACCGCACAAUCUGCUGAAGAACCUACGCAUGAAAUUCUUGUCUCAGAAUUGGCCACGCCUGUAGCUGAAGCGCCUUCGACAUCGAAUGCAACACCAGCCGUUGACUUCAAUGCCUCUGACACUUUUCUCAGUGACAUCAGCAGCAAUUCGCUGCAAGUUUCCAACAUGAAUGUUACCAUAGAUGAAACGGAUUACAGCGCAUCGCAGAAUAUGAAUUCAUCGGUCAACGAUAGCAAUGCCAGUACGAAGCACAUUUCACUCGGAACGAGUGAUUAUCGUUUUGAAAAGGUUUCGGAUAAUGUUGUAAAUUUAUUUAUAACGCGCAAGCGUCGCGGCAAACGAAAGCAAACAACUGCGACAACAGCAACAACAAUAACAACCGAUACAAUACCAACAACGUAGCUUGUAAUUUUUGGUCAAGUACAAUUAUAAAUAUAUAUUUACAAAAUUACAUAUUUUGUAUUUGAUCAUACUUAUGUA